CAUCGACUCUGUUUGGGUCCUGGAUUGCGUCAUGGCGCCGUAUGGCGUGCACUCCUCACCGGAGCGUCCAAGAGCCAAGGACUUCAGCCACCUCUAUCUCUGCUCUCGGGCCAUGUCAUGCGUAGGGCUACCGGCCGCAGCGACAGCAGCUGACGUCGCACUUGCUGCGAAAAACUUUCUCUCCCUCGAAAAGUUGGAGGGGAUGGUUACCUCGCCGGAAGCACUCGCCAAGUUGUCAGCUUUUCGCAGCCUCCGCAGCCUCACGGUUGCACUCACUCACGACGUUGCCUACACCGACAUGAAUGCGGAACUGGAGAGGAUGCUUAAAAGACUGCCAGGCCUGGAGGAGCUGGGUCUAGUGCUAUUUGGCGGUUUGCGUCUCUCCACGAUCGGUAGGCUCUGUGCUAAGCUCAAAAUUCUGAGGCUAACGGCCUGCGUGGGCUCUAGAGAAGACACAGCAGUGGAGGCGGAUGCAUUUCCUAAUCUGGAAUACGUCGCCAUGUGUAUGCAUGUCGUCGACGUCGCUUUUGCCUCAUUCUUGAGUGCCACCCGCUUCACGCUUCGCACUGCGUGCUUCGACGACGACAACAUGUGCUUCGAAUUUCUGCAAUAGAGCCUCCAGUUUGGUAGACGCCUGCCAUUUCUGCGCCUCGAGCACCUGAGCUUGGACACGAACCGGUCGCUACGCGCGUUGGAACUUGAGCCCAGAUGCUUGGACGACCUGCCAAAGGCCUUGCCCGCGCUUCGACACCUAGCCACGGACAGCUACGACUUACGUCUGUUCUUUGAGGACAGCGGCCUUCCAUGUGGUCGUGUGUCCUUGUCCUGGAUCGGUUGCGUCUACUGUGCAGUCCACAAGCUUGGGUAAUGCCAGGUGUGGGUGAAUGGUGGCUUGGUGACAUUUUAGCUCCGCCUCGGCGACGGGCGAUUCCAAUUCCAGACACGUGUGCUUGUUUGCUUCAAUGUGUUAGCGUUUCUGAAACGGGGUACAUCUGCCAUUGCCAGGUGGCAAUUUGCGUACUGCACUCGUAACUUUCCGCGUAUCCUGAACAUUCAUGAAUUUUAACAGACAUUUGACUGUGUCAAGAACAUUAACGUCUGCCAGGGGCUCCAAUUUUCCGGAGUCCCCCACUACGGCGUGCCUCAUAAUCAGAUCGUGGUUUUGGCACGUAAAACCCCACAAUUUAGUGUUCCCACUAGACUACAAUGUUGCAAAAUGUAUGAAAUGCAAGCAGCACAGUUUCGUUACAGAACGUGUUUCCUUCGCGGAAAGCGUCACUGAACCCAUAAUCUUCUCAGUAGUGGCGCCAAAGGCUGUAGCUCAGCUAUGCUUUAGACUAUUAAACUUUUGGGGAAUGACAACAUUGGACAAUAGAAUUACUGAGCAAGGUAGAAUAAGGUUUUGGAUUAUUGAAUGUAAAUCUAGAAGCUUCAACUAUAGCUUGAAAAAGGGAAAUGCUUGAAGACAGCGAACCAGGUUGCAUCAGUAUUUUUCUGUGCUCAAUUACCUCCUUUCCUGUGACAUAGUUAUUAGCGCUAACAAGCAGAGCGGGUAAAAAAUGUGGGACAGGACGGAGGGCUAGACUUGCCGUUGAAGCCUAGCGCUCUGUUCUGUCCCACCUUUUUUUUUUACUUUAGUCUUGUUAGCGCUAGUAACUACGUCACAGCAAAUGCAUCAACACCAACUAGCCCAACUUUCUGCGUUAAUUGUUCCGUACCGCUUUGAUGCGUAAGCGUGCAGCGUCUUUUAGUGCAUUGUCAUGCUGUGGUGCGCGGUCGGUCCCAAACAUGUGAAGGCGACCGCAGGAGUGGUGCCAUUUCCUGUGAGUUCACACUUUGACAGCAGCAUUUCAUGCGCUGCAAGCUCUGGUGCAUACCAGCACAAUUUCUAAUGUAAUGUUAACGUACAGCCUGCAUCUGGAAGACUGCCUGUUUUGUUCCAUCAGGUGGUUGUGCUCUUGUUCUUUUUCGUGCAAAGCAAUGCAACUUAAACUUUGUUGAUCAUUCUAGCGUGAGAAUCUUCGUUAUGUGUGCACUUUAUGGUUCCCUCGGUCGUUCACCGAUAUUAUGGCACAGUGAUUGCUAUCGCAAACUGUAGUUUGGUGCUUUCUCUGUCACCGAUAAACAGUGUAGAGUGCAUAUCGCGUUGUGUUUUAUAUGUGCAAAUGUUACACAUAGAGUUCGUUGCCUCCUGGACUGGAGAUGCGGGAAGCGCGCUCAUUUUCGUGCCGCCGUUCAUUCGUGUUUUCUAAUCUUUCUUGAUAUUGUUUCCAAAAGCUGUUGUCCUCUUUUUGUGUGAUAGAUCCAGAAAUAAAUUUGCAUUGCGUGUUCUCAAAUCAU